UUCUCCAUUGAGUCACUUCGGAAUGCCAAAACCCCAUGGCCACUUACGUCAUCGCCGGCGGCGGCGCCACCACCACUGCUUUCAUCAGAAGUCCUCGCCGUAGCUCCUUUUCAGCUGCUCACUUAAGUUCUCAGCUAGCACUUAACUUUCCUCAAAAUCGCUCUAACCGUCGCGGGACGUCGAAACAGUUUUCGCCAAUUUAUGCUUCCGUUUCCACUUCGCCGGCGCCGGUGACUAAGCCUGAUGAACUCGUCGGAUCUAUUCUUUCCAAGGUUAUGCAAACAGAUCGAGGGGUUUCCCUGACAAGGGAUGAGCACAAAAGGGUAGCCGAAGUGGCUCAAGAAUUGCAACGUUUCUGUGUGGAUGAACCUGUGAAAUGCCCUCUAAUAUUCGGAGAAUGGGAUGUAGUGUACUGCUCAAAUCCCACUUCACCUGGGGGUGGCUAUCGGAGUGCGUUUGGUCGCCUUUUCUUCAAAACAAAGGAAAUGAUUCAGGUUGUUGAAGCCCCUGACAUUGUCAGGAACAGAGUGUCCUUUUCACUUUUUGGUUUCCUUGAUGGGGAGGUUUCCUUAAAAGGAAAAUUGAACGUCCUAGAUGAAAAAUGGAUACAAGUUGUUUUCGAGCCGCCUGAACUCAAGGUAGGGGCACUAGAUUUCCAGUAUGGUGGCGAGAGUGAAGUUAAAUUAGAGAUCACAUACAUUGACGAGAAGAUCAGGUUGGGAAAGGGCUCCAGAGGUUCCUUUUUUGUGUUUCAAAGACGCAAACCUUGAAAAGGGAGUCGUUUAAGCUACUCUUCCAUAUAUACUAUACACCAGAUUCUAUUUACAAACAUAUCGUUGAAAGUGAAAGCCAUAUUAAACAUUGUUUAGAGAGAA